CAAGAUUUUGUCAAUUGGUGUUUUGGACCACAACAACUAACACUAACAUUUGGUUUGAAAGUACUGCAGAUAGUGUGCAAACACAUAUCUUGGCCUGGAAAACGACAUUGCUCAUCAUUUCGUAGUGCGUUGUGGAGUGUUCUACUGCCAUGUGGAAUGUUGCUUUCUUCAUUUUGCUCAUCGUUAAGGUGGACGUCAACACCGCUGGCGCAGAGACUGAGAUUAUUUGUGAGAACCAAGAUGGAGUAAUAGACUGUGGUGAAAAUCUUAUCAGUAUCUCAUCCUCUGUCUAUGGGCGAACUGAUGCAUCCACUUGUGGCUUGAGCUACACAACUGAUUGUGUCUUGGAUGUGGCCCCUGCAUUGGUUUUCUGCAAUGAUCAGUCACAAUGCACAGUGGAAGCUGGAAAUAAUCUUUUCGGGGAUCCAUGCCCAGGAACUCAGAAGUAUCUAAAUAUCACCUACACAUGUGAAGAUUCUCUCUGUGAAACUGACUGGGUUUAUAAUGACAGAAACUGUUAUCUUUUCGAGGAAAGUUGGAAAUCUUGGGAGUCAGCAAGAGAAUAUUGUUCUGGAUUUGGUGCUGACUUAGCCAGCAUACAUAGUGAAGAGGAGAAUUCGUUUAUACUUGGAUCCAUUGAAAGUCAUUCAUGGAUAGGAAUAACUGAUGUGGAAAGUGAAGGAGUAUAUACUACUUUUUCAGAUGGAACCCCCAUUGACUUUGAAAAUUUUGCUGCUAACAGCCAUCAAGAUGAAAGUCGUGAUUGUGUUAAAAUUAAAAGUCCACACGGAGAAUGGACUUGGAAGGGGUGCUUGAGUUCACAUCAUUCUGUGUGCAAAAAAGCCCAUGCUGUAAACAGUACUGUUCAUCCUGUGACAAGUCAACAUGCCACUACCACUCAUCGUGCAUCUACCGCAGUUCCUCCCACCUCUACAUCUGCUACCACUGCUGUCCAUGAAACUUCUACUAUUCAUGCAAGGACUACAACGGCAAGCACUACCGGAAAAGCAACAACCCAACCUUCUACAACAAUUUCUGCUUCUUCAGAGUCAGCUCAUGUGGUGCCGACUAUUGAACCUACUUUCAUUAUUGUGGAGCUGAUUAUGUACUCCAACUAUGAAUCCAGCCUUGAUAACAUCUUCCAGGUCAAUGACACAAUCCUUGUUAUUGCAUCUAUCUUUGGCCCCUUUCAACCGAUUUCAGCUCAGAUCAUUUGGUCUAUCACAGACCAUCUAUCAGGUGAAUCAAUUGAACAUACAGUCUACUCUCAAGAUGCAGUGCUCGUCACAUUCCCAGUAUCUUCACUUUUUGCCAUUAAUGCAAUUGCUGUCGGGACCACCCACAACCUCACAUCUACUGUGAAUGCAACAGUACUUCCCACAAUAAACAUUCUCUGCCCUGCUCAUAUUUAUGCUGGCAGAGAAGUUUGGUGUGCUCUUCUCACAGAUGACAUUGUUGAGUAUUCCAACUAUACCUUCUGUUUUGAUGGUAGUGCUUGCUCGACUGCAAACCCAACUUAUUGGUCUUUAGCUGACAUCCCAGAUCCCUUGAUAGACCGCACUUCUUCUAUGGAGGGACUUUUUGCCAGCUUUCAAAAUCAUCUGUAUUCAGAUGUUGGAUCUUAUACGGUAACAGCGGAGAUAUUUCAAAUUUUGGCCUUUUCAGUUCAAGUAGAUGUGAUUGAGAAACCUGAGUGUAUAAGGAAACUUGGAUUUGUGAAUGGGAAUGGCAACAGCACACAUCCAGCUGGGUUCCUCAGAGCAUCUGACAUUGGCAUCUCAGCCAACAUGGAACUUGAUGAAGAAUGCAAUGACCCUAUGAUCUCUGACUUCAAGUGGUGGAUAUUCACAUCUGACGAAAAUGAUGUUGCAGUGAUCGCCUUCGAAAAGAUCACACAUAUCCCUCAAGUGACAAUUCCACAAGGAACACUCCCUUAUGGAAUUCAUAGCUUGAAUCUCAAAGUGGAGAUGAAUCAUAGAACGUCAGGAGAGGUCACUGGUGAAGAACAGAUCAUUACCUGGCUUGAAAUCCUGCCAUCUCCAUUGGUAGCAGUGAUCAAAGGUGGAGCUUCUCGAUCUCACGGUAUAUCUUCCAGUUUGAUAGUAGAUGGAUCAACUUCAUAUGACCCCGAUGGGUCAUCCGGUGACCUGACCUUCGUGUGGUACUGUGUAAUGGUUGAUGGUGAAACCAUGUACUUGUCUAUGGAUGAAGCUAUGCAAAAUACAGAUGAUGCCUGUUUUGAAGAUGAAGAAAUCUUGGAAAACUCACACUCUUCCAAGGUUGAAAUUAUGUCUAGCAUCCUGAAAGCCAAUGUAACUCUGAAUUUCUGGCUCAUUGUUUCCAAAGAAGGAAGAGCAUCCGGUUCAACUCAACAAAGCAUCCUGUUGACUCCAGGGCUUUUGCCAGAAAUAGAAAUAGAUUGCAUCAGUAACUGCAACACAUACUUAUUAACAGCCGAGCGUCUUGUCCUGCAUGCCUCAUGCAGCAACUGUGACAGUGGAGAUGUGUCUUUCCAAUGGAGUCUUCAAUCAGAUGAUAGCUCAAUUAUAAGUGAUAUAUCUACCCAGACUACGACAGGUCUUGACCAAUCCUACCUGGUCAUCAAACCUCAUACCUUUGAUUCCUUUUCUGAAAGCACUGGCAUUGCUUUACGAGUUACAGGUUACCUGUCCAAUUCCACUUCAGGCGGCUAUUCUGAAUUCAGUGUCCAACUCAAUGCUCCACCCACAUUAGGCAACUGUUCUGUUACACCCAUAGAAGGUUAUGCCUUACAAACUGACUUCACUGUGACAUGUCAAGGAUUUACUGAUGUGGAUAACCCCCUAACUUAUGAGAUUAUGUCGUACAGUGAUGUCAAAGUUGUGGAUGGAGACUUCAUUGGUGUUGGAGAAGGUUUUCAACUAUAUGAAGGCAGUGAGUCAUCACAGGAUGGUUUCAAUCUCCCUGUUGGAGAUGGUGCACAUGAUUAUACUAUCCUGUUUCAGGUUAAUGUGAAAGACAACUUCAUGGCUAGUACAUCAGUGUUCUUUACAUGUAUGGUCCGCCCUCCUACCAUAGAUACUGGAGGGGCAAACAUGACUCAGGAACUGCUGAACAUGACAUCGUCUGUUGAAUCCAGUGUGAAUACGUUAUUAGCAGUGGGAGAUACAGGACAAGCUACGCAGUUGAUCAGUGCCCUUGGUUCAAUCCUGAAUUCCAUUGGAGAUGGGGAUGAUGAUGCUGCUGCUGAUGAUGAAGGGAGGGAUACCAGAUCAGAGAUCCGCUCUACUCUUGUUGACUCUAUUGCUGCUAUACCAGUAGAGUCCAUGACAUCCCUGAAACAAAGUUCUGCUGCCCUCGCUGUCAUUACUCAAAACAAGCAAGAAAUUUCUACUGACGUACAGGUAAAAGCCGCAAAUGCACUGUCUGAAAUGACAUCCUUUCUGAAAGCUGAAUCUGGGUCUCAUACUCAAGGUCAAAGUACUAUAGAGUCUGCUGGUACCGUUCUGGUUGAGGGGUUGUCGAAUAUCUUCAGUGCUGCCAAGGAAACUCAAACUCACAUUUCUAACAAAACUUCUCCAGUUGAAGCUGAAGAUGAGGCAACACCCAAUAAGAACCUGACCGAAGUUGCCCUAUCAGCAAUCAAUGACAUCCAAGAUGCAAUAGUUGCAGGCAAGAUUCCCAGUGAAGAAGCGACCAUCAUAACAUCUCCUACACUUAGCUUAGCAGUGGGGAGUAUCAGCAAGGAAAAGCUGGCUGAGACAACCUUUGGAGGUUCAGAUGAUGAUGAUGGUAUUGGUAGAUUUGAAAUGCCAUCUCAAGAAGGUGUGUUGGAUGAUACUCUAAGCAACGUUAAUGGGACAGUGGUUAGCUUGCAGACAUCAGCUCUGAGAUGGAACCCUUUCAGUUGGGGAGCUGGUGGUGAUUCCCUGAACUCUAGUAUCAUUGGAAUACAGUUGAAAGUGGAUAACAAUGCAUUACAAGUCAAAGACCUGUCUGAUGACAUCAGUGUGUACCUACCAGUAGAAGAACCCUUUAUAGGUGACCCAAUGGUUGUCCAUAUCACCAAGGAGUUCUCCGCAUCUAUCUCUGUCAACCAAUCAUCGCUCCCAGAGGACGGGGCCUUACACCUUAGAGUCUUAGCUGAGAAUGAACCCUUAGUAGUCCUUACAGUCUGCAUUACCAAUAUUACUAUCAAUGAGACCAGCUGUGUUGGUAAUGCUACUGUGGUACGUGCCACCAAUGAGGAUAGUGUUGUGAAUUUUACAUGGAGCAUCUCUGUAGCUGACCUAAAAGUUGCAGAUGGUAUAAUGAUAAGUCUGUAUGAUGGUAUAGAUGAACCUCUCUAUGUACAUGACAACAUCACACUCUCUGUUUUCAUGCAUACAUCACAAUGUACUUUUUGGAAUGAAGAUGAAGAGUCAUGGGACAGCACAGGGUGUAAGGUCGGUCCUCUCUCUAAGCCCUCGUCAACCCACUGUCUCUGCAAUCAUCUGACCUUCUUUGGGUCAUCACUCUUUGUUCCACCAAACAAGAUCAAUAUCUUCCAGGAUGCUAAGUUAUUCCUGACCUUUGUGGAUAACCCCAUUGUCGUCAGCUUUGUGAUGUGUAUUCUGGCAGGCUUUGUCUUAGUGGCGGUAUGGGCGAGGAGGAAGGAUAAACGAGAUGCGGCAAGAGCUGCAGUCACUGUGUUGGAUGACAAUGACCCAUUCCAUCAUUACCGUUAUGAUGUCACCAUAGUCACAGGGAUGCGCCGUGGUUCAGGCACAACAGCAACUGUUACACUAACUCUGAUGGGCAAGAAUGGUCGCAGCGAUCCACACGUCCUGCAUGACAGGUUCUCACCUGUCUUGACCAGAGGUUCGACAGAUUCGUUCUUGUUGACCACUGCAGAAGGUCUCGGAGAAAUUCAAUCUUUAAGGCUGUGGCAUAACAAUGCUGGCACUAGUCCUCACUGGUAUGUGAGCCAUUGCGUAGUCCAUGAUCUGGAGAGUGACGAGCGCUACUACUUCAUCUGCAACAGUUGGAUGAUGAUUGGAGGUGGAGGGGUUGGUCUUGACAACACCUUCCAUAUUGCAUCAUCCAAAGACUUGCACAAGUUUGGACACCUGUUCACUGCCAGGACUGUACGUGAUCUGCGUGAUGGCCAUCUGUGGUUGUCUGUUCUGAUGCGUCCAAAGCACAGUAACUUUACCUGUCUGCAGCGAGCAUUCUGUUGCCUGUCCCUUCUCAUGUGCUCUAUGAUGACAAGCAUUAUGUUCUAUGGAAUCCCAAAUGAUCCAGCCGAUCAGGUCAUGGACUUUGGCACUUUUAGAAUUACCAUCAAAGAGAUCAUCAUCGGCAUUGAGAGCUCUCUAAUCUCCUUCCCAAUCAAUCUCCUCAUUGUGCAGAUCUUCAGACACAUCAGGCCAAGUAUCAAACUUCGAACAGCUGCUAACAAAGAAAAAUACAUGGUAAAACUGAAGCCCGAAAUUGCCCAUUCACUUUCAAGUAUUGACUUGACCAAGAAGGAAGAUUCGGAAAGGGAGUCUGCUGAUGAUAAAUUGACAUUAAAAAGCCUGACAAAAUCCGUCCAACAUAAAGACAGAGAAGUCUCUUCCCAACAAUCACCAGAAAGGACUUCUCGUCAUUGGGUUGGUGGAGGUGAUAGUUCUUCCACAUCUUCCAAAGAUAACAACCCUCUAAACGCCUCAUCUGCUUCUUCUACCACUUCUCUGCCAUCAUGCAUUUCUUUGAAUAGUACGCUGUUCCACCAGGAGAUGGACGACUUUGUCCUUCGAUCUGUCUCUGCAGUCAUGAAAGAAUGGGGAAGUGACAAGAGUUCAAAGCGUGUAGAGGUAUUUGGACACGGAGGGCUAGAGAAAGUCGAUAGAAUACGGAGUGAAACUACUGACGACACAACCACUCAGUCAGUCAAACAAAUACCUAAUUGCGUGAAAGAGGGAAUUGAAGAAAAUAGCCGUGACUACGAUUCUGAUCUCAUGGGAAAGAAAUGUGAUGGUUUCACCCAUAACUUCUACCUGUACUCACGGUUGAUGGAAAUGGUCAAGGAUCUAUCAGUCAUAUCUUCAGACAGGUUCUAUGACCCUGAAGAACACAAACAAGCUAUGAGGGAAGCCCAGACCAUCGUCAUGACAGCAUUGGAUAUUGAGACACCUCCCAUAUCACCUGAUGAGUCUCUGCUAUCAGAUUCUGUGGUAGAAGGAAAGAUUAAGCUGAAACAGAGAACCAGGGGUCUUCCACCUGCAUGCGUGUACAUUGCAUGGUUGUUGGUGUUUGCAACCGUGGUCGCUUCUUCUUACAUCACAAUGCUUUAUGGCCUCAAAUAUGGCAAACAAACAAGCAUCGACUGGUUGAUCUCUCUGUUUAUAGCUACCUUUCAGAGCAUCUUCAUCACACAGCCCAUCAAGGUUCUGUUCCUUGCAAUCUUUGUUUCACUUAUCUUCAAGCAGAUUGAACCAGAAGAAGACUUCAGUGAUGACAUUGAGGAACUCCAAGUAGAUGAUGCUACUCAGACUCGCAGAGCACUUCAGAAACGGAGGAACACCAUCGCCCAUUACCAUCCCCCAGCUACCUCCACCAUAAACUCCCACCUGAAGAACAAGCAAUUGCAGGCUCGCAUGUAUUCCCUGCUGUGGCAGAUUGCUGGUUUCUUAUGUUUCUUCUAUCUGCUCAUCACUAUCACAUACAGUCAGAGAGAUAGGCAGGCGUACUGGAUGACCAGAGGUACAAAGGGACUCUUCUUCCAUCACAAGAAUAAAGACUAUGCAUUGAUGAAUGACUUCCGUAGUUUCCUGACGUGGGCUAACUCAACACUCCUGCCUGGUCUUCUUAGUGAGGAUAGAUGGGGAGCCGAGAAGCAAUCCACAUUGAUUGGUGGGGGUCUGAGACUAAGGCAAAUCAGGGUUAAACCAAGUUCCUGUAAAACUCACCCCUUGUUCGUAGACGUGAUCAAUGACUGCCGAGCCCCUUUUACUUCGGAUUCAGCGGACAGGGAAUUAUACAAUGCAUCUUGGAGUCAGCCCAUAGUUAACACAUCUGCCUUCUUGAACUCAUCUCAGACAGUGGAAGAGUGGAGUCUUUCCAACUACUCUCCCUGGCACUUCUACCCAGACAGAUCUACAGGAAUGUGGGGCCACACAAUGGUCCUUCCAAACAGUGGCUACAUCUGGGUACUGGGCACCAACUACGAAGAGGCUGUGAAUUCCUUGGCAGAGAUGGUGAAUGCCCGAUGGUUGGAUGCCCGCACCAGAGCGCUCUUUGCAGAGUGGACAGCAUACAAUGCAAACACCAAUCUUUUCUGUGUAGUUACAUUCCUCAUGGAGACCCCCGCAUCUGGCGGAAUGCUGAAGCUCCCCGAGGUACAAGCAGUUAGGCUGCAUCGUUACGCUGCAAACUAUAAACUCUUUGUCAUCAUCUGUGAAAUCCUCUUUGUUUUGGCCCUCUUCUUUGUCAUGUAUCGAGAGUACCUCAGGUACAAGCCCAUCGGUAUCAGAAAGUACCUCAGUGACAAAUGGAACUUGUUGGAAAUUGCCAUCAUUGUCAACUGCUAUGUAUCUGCAGGAUUAUACACCUACCGUUACAUUAUCACCAAGCAGCUCUUCCAGGAAAUGAGAGAUGAAUCAGUUCGCUUUGUAAGUUUCCGUUCUGCAGCUAGCAGUGACAAUGCUCUAGGAUAUAGCUUUGCAGUUAUCAUCAUCCUUAGCUGUGUCAAGUUUCUUUAUCUCUUGCGUCUCAACCCUCGCAUGUAUCUUCUCACUGCUGUCAUGUCUGACUGCUACCAUGAGGUCACUGCAUUCAGCUUUCUGCUCUUAGUCCUAGUACUUAGCUUUGCCUUUCCCAUGUCUAUCACCUUUGGUAGCCUUCCGGACUAUCGUGAUAUCACCAAAUCAGCAAUCACUCUCUUCAACACACUUCCAGGUAACUUUGUCUAUGAUGACUUGAUGUCCGUUAAUCGAACGAUUGGUCCGCUUACUCUUCUGAUAUUCCAGUACUGGGGCUUUUAUCUAUUUUUAGAUCUUUUGAUAUCUGCCCUCAAUGAAAGCAUGGUGACCAUCAGGAGAAAUCCUCCUCCACCUUCAGGGAACAGAAUGAUAGGUCUUCUGCUUUUGUCAAAGAUAUUCUCUUUGCUGGGUAUCCCAGGAAGGUUUCACAUAGGACUGGAUUAGAAAAAUAUAAAGCAAAAAACUGCAGUAAUUUAUGUUCAUUUGUUUUAAACUUAGAUAUCAUGUUGUGCCGUUAUUAUAUAUGUUAUUGAUAAUGAAAUUGACAAUGAUUUCUUAUUCUCUUACUAUCAGAAUUACAUUUUUUAGAUGCAGUUUCAGAAAAACUUGUCAAUUAAUUGCUAGUUGUUAAACAACUUUUGUAAAAGAAUUACAAACAUGAUUAAUUUUAUUGUUUUUAUUUUAUUGUUCACUAGUUUGAGUAAGAUCAGUAAGAUUUAAUAAAUCUUCAUUACAAAUAUAGAAUUUUGUUGCCCCUUCCAGAUACAAUUUGUUCUUAUUAUAUUUUUGCAUCUGCCCUCUAAAACUUGCGUCUGCCUUUCCCAUUUCCAAUCUUGCAAGAACUAUACUACAAAAAAACAGUUUGCUGGGUUAAUUUCACAAUAAUUUCUGUUUGCAUAGAGAAGGGACAAUUUUCUGAAUAAUUUGAGGAUAAAGAGGUCAAAGGUAUACCUGGUUUGUUCUCACAAUGAUUAAACAAACUUUUAAUUGGUCAACAUCUAACUCUGAUCAUAAAUGCAUACGAGGCAGGUGAUGAUUUGAAUAGUGUUGGAGGUAUAGAAGUGUCAAAAGGACAGUUACUCGCAUCUUACAUAAUGCAAAACUAUAUUAUGGACUUUAACACAAGUCUCGUAACAUCAAUCGCCCUAUACUGUACCAUUGAAUGGAUCAAAUCCAUGCAUAGCCUACUGAAGGAUAUCAAAUUAUGAAGAGAUUUUUUUUAAUGAUGUGAUUAUCUUGAAAUAGCCUUGCUAUAAAUUUCAAUUGUGUGUAGUAAAAAAUUAACCCCCGAUAGAACGUC